AUGUCCUCCACCGUGACCACCUCUCCCGACGGCAAGAAACAAUUCUACGCAACAUCCUCCCCCUACGAAGACAUAAUCGGCUACUACCGCGCCGUCCGCCACGGCAACCAGAUUUUCGUCGCGGGAACCACAGCCGUAGACCCUCAAUCCCCCGCCUCCGCUCCCCGGAUCUUAUUCCCCGGCGACGCAAAACAGCAGACCAUCGUCGCUUUGACUGAAAGUGUCAAGGCGGUUAAAGAACUCGGGGGCGCGGGAGCGAGCAGUAUUGUGCGUGUCAAGAUGUUCGUUGCGCGCUCGGAGGAUUGCAUGGCUGUCGGUGAGGGGUUCCGGGAGGUGCUGGGGAAGCAGCAGGGUAAUGGGGUUGGUGCUGUGGCGACGAUGAUUGUUGUGCAGAAUGGGUUUGUGAAUGGGGAUAUGAUGGUCGAGGUGGAGGUUGAUGCAAUUGCAGAUAUCUGA